GCUAUAACUAAAUAUUAUCAAUACUUAUGUAGGUAUUUAGUCGGUUUAUAAUUGAAUUUAACUCAACUUUAAAACUGUAGUAGUUUUCAAAAUGAGGACUUCGUUAUAUCCAAUUUCGUCUAUACUAACGGUUUUAUUUUUCGUAACAAAAGUGAUUUCAGAGGGUAUACUUUUAUUUGAUUAUUAUGUAUAUAUUAAAUUUCUAAUUAGACUUUUGAAAUAUAAUAACGAUAAAUACUUGUAAAAAACGAUGUUUUAAAAUUAAAUGAGAUUCCUAACUUAAUUCGCCAGUUUAUAUAAUCAACCAAUAGAUUAUUUCGUUUGAUACAUUUUUCAUAAUAACAUUUGUUUCCAUAAUCGUAUUAUUUAUUAGCGUAGAACUUGUAUCGACUAUAUUUUCGUUUUUAUUCAAAUAUUUUAUCGUGCGAUUUUAUAUUAAAAAAUCUGAGCUAGUUAAUACAUUUUUUAAUUUUAUUUAUAAUUUCUAAAGUUAACUUAUCCAAAAAAAAAAAAAAAAAAAAAAAAAAAUGAAAAAUAACUAAACCAAGUUAAAAUGUAUUCUAACAUAUAAAUGAAUUUGAGUAAAUAAGUUACAAAUUUUCAAAAAAAUAGUAACUUAAGUUAAAAAUUACCCUUGACUUAACGCUCAUAAACGUAUUUCGUAGAAACUUAAAUAUUUAUUAUUUUUUAGACUUAUUAUUAUAAAAUACGAUUCGUAUGGGUAUUCCAUUAUGUUUACCACGUUCCCGUUUUAUUGUUCUAACGUGAUAUUGAGGUGAAACAAAUCGUGAUUUUUGCCGAAGAACAAAUGAAAAAGAAAACAUUGCAACGCAAUCGUAUACGAAAAAUAUAGUGAAUAAAUUUUUAGUAAAUAACUUAAAUUUUUACAAAUUAACUAAAUAGGUAAAUGUAUUAUUUGUAUAUAUAUAUAUAUAUAUAUGAAAAAACUAGAUUAUUUUCUAAUAUUCUAAUAUUUCGGUUUUUUUUUUUUUUUUUUUUUUGUACCAGUUAAAUGUUAUCAAAAAAAUAAAACAUAUAUUCUGUUUAUCUAGCUACCGUCCAGCAUUGUUUAUAAUUAUACAUUAUUAAAUAAUCCAAUAACCUAUAUCACGUAGUCAAUCGCAUUUUACUCGUUUACCAUCGUAUCGUAUCAUCGUGUGCAUAAAUACUAUUAUUAUUAUUAUUGUUAUUAUUAUUAUUUUUUUAUUUGUACAGGGUAUCCCGGAACAUACAUAUGUUAUUAUUUCGGGGAUGUCUCUAGUAUAUGUAAUGGAAAACCCGUAGACGUUUGCACAUUGCCGCCUGAAUGCACGUCGUUUGCGUAUGACGGAUUGAUUAUUGAUAGACUGACCCCCAACAAUAAUGGUAUCAUUACACCUAUUUCUGCAUCUGAUUUCCGUAAGUAUAAAAUAUAUAACGAUAUUUAGGCAUACGUAUUAUUAUUAUAAUUAUUUUUCAAUACUGGCAUACCUAUAUCCACUGUUGAACCCAGACAAUUUUCGCCCCGGGGAGGGGGCUCACUUUUAUUCAUUGAUUACGCAUUUGAUAGUACAAUAAAUUAUUGCAUUAUUAUGUAUUUGUUACAAUUAGUUCAGUACAUUUGAUAUUCGAUACGUGAAUAUUUUAUUUAAACAUAUGGUCUGUUUUAUAUAAAUUAGAAACUUUAUUAUGUUUUUUUUUUUUUUUUUAAACGAAUCAAAUACGACGAAUUUUUCUCGUGCACACAUCGAUUGCCUCUUCGAUGAACUCCUGAGGGCAAGGUUUUUUCGUCUUCGAUACUUAUUUUCACGCAAUAUUCCAAUUCGAUCCCAUCCGAUUUCGAAGUUUUGGCACUAAUUAAUUCAUUACACUGAAUGUUCGUUUAACCGUAACAGUGGCAAUCGGUAUACAUAAAACCGAUUCCAAUAUUUGUUCACAAACAAGAAGUUCAGAUAUGGGAUUUCCACCAAUUUAUUUUUUAUCAUUUGGUACCUACAAAAUUAAAAUACUUAAUAUCUGACAUUACAAAGUCUUUAUCAUAUUCAGAAACAGAUAAACAGUCACACAAUUGUUCAAUCAUUUUUUCUGAUGCAUCAAAUAGCGUACUAUAAUUUUCAAAUAUUGAACGCCCUCCUACAAGGAUAAUCUCAGUAUCAUUGAAUAUACGACCCAUCUCUUUUAUUACUUGUUCUGGAAAUGAUAAAAUACAACCUAAUGUAUCUUUUAUUUUUUAUGAAAUAAGUUUGUUUGAAAUUCGCAUAGCAUUUUUAUAUAAUAGUAUCUACUAUUUUAGACAUCAUUUUACAUUUAAAAAUUAUAUAUUUUGUUGAUUGUUGUAUUUGUCUGGGGGGGACGAAUAAUAUUCCAGGGGGAACUUGUCUCUAGAUUCUAUACUGUCUAUACAUGCCAAUAUUCAUUAAGAACUUUUGUCAUCACUUUACGCUUUGUUAUCAAUUUAUCACAUUUAUUAGCAAUUACGUAUAGUGUGAAAAGUUUCCCACGUGUUAACUAUUAAUUUUUUUGAUCUUCUUCUGACUUAAUUUACUCUACAAGAAUUUUUGCCUCCAUCACAGAUUUACGCCACUUCUCCCAGUUCAUGACUUAUAUUUCUCCACUCUUUAUUCUUAUAGUUUUUUAAACCUUCCUCGACCACAUCCGUCCACCUUUUCCUUGGACGUUCUUGUGACUUCUUCCCUGUUGGUUUCUAUUUUUUUAAUGCAUAUUUAAAUAGUUUCUUAAAUAUCUGUACCAUGGUUACUUAAUAAUUGUAUACUAAAUGAAUUUACGUAAUAAUUGUUGUUGUUAUUAUUAUUAUAUUUUCAAAAACAAAUAGUGUCUUUUUAUUUUGACGACUGACAAAUUUUUAUACAUUUUUUAAAAUGUACUAUAAAAUAAUAUAAUAUGAAUUUUUAAAAAAAUAUUUCAAAGCCCUGAACACACAUUUAAUACAAUUUUCAUAAUAUUUAUAUAGGUAAAUAAAGCAUAAUUAUAUAUUUUUAUUUUUUCAGUUUAAAGAUGCAAACAUUUCUUCUGUUAAUUUCAAUUUUAAAACAGAAUUUUAGAUUCUCUGAGUUUAUCAAAAAAUGUGUUGGUUUUACAGGGGUGUUAAUAUUUUUCAUGUGAACACUUUUUCUACCAGAAAGCUUACUCCAAUUAUCAAAUAUAGCACCUUUUCUGAAAGGAAAUGUUCACUGGGUAGUUCUUUAAACAGGUCUUGUUUUGAAAUUUUCGUUAAUAUACGAGAUAAUAAGAUAAACCUGGUUAUUUAGGUUAAGAAAGACUGAAAGAUUAAAAAUAAGGUUGUCAUUGGCAACCAUUUUUAUUUAUUUUUUGUUAUUAUUAAGUUCUUAUUGUUUUAAUCUUUAUUAAACGAUCAUUGUUAUCAUGGAAAUGCACAUUGUUUUAAUCAUUUUACCAUAAUAUGAUGUAAUACCAUAUAUUGUAUUGUUGACAAAAAAACAUUAUCAACUAAACUUUGCUCAGAAUUUUUUUUUCGGUAGCAAUGAUUUAUCGUUAUUUAGAAAUAUACAUUAAAUUCCCAUCUAUAUCCUACCUUCCCAACUACAACAAUGGCUGCACCCACGUACGAAGUAUUGUGCGUCCUUUUUUUAUUAUAAUUUGUACCUCUAUGUGGUUUUUAUUUUUUUUUGUUUUUUGUGAUAACUUACUAUUAUUAUGAUAUAUUUCGAGAUCCAUAAUAAAUUACAAAUUAAAUUUGAACUUUUUAACUAACUGUUUUUUAAUUGAUGAGUUUUUAAUAUUUAAUUACUGUGCCCCAAACUUCGAAGUAUCAAACGUUAGAAAAUAAUAAAUUGCUGAUUCAAUGUUUGCCGAUAUUGUUAAUUUAUAUAAAUUAUUUCAUUCCCGGAUAUUUAUUAUUUUUCGUCGGAUGACGUAUGUCAUUAUUAAAACCAUAUAGGUAGAUUGCCGAUGUAUAUAAAAAAAAUUUAAAAACUAUAAACAAUAAUUUUUUGAACUUAUAAAUCGUGACACUAUUUAACUUUAAAUUAUUGUUUUACUAGCUGAAUUACUCAUCACUACAGACGAGUUGAAGUAAAAAAAAAAAAAAAAUAGUAAUAAAAACAAAUUGAUUAUACCACAUCUAUUUUUCAUACGUUUUAGACAUAUUUUUCAAUGUCCGGUUUUAAUUUUUAAAGUCUUUAUGAAUGUCAAAAAUAUUCUAGGUUAUUUAGGAGAUAAAUUUUCAAUUUUUAUUUUUGAAUAACUCAAAUUAUUAAGGUAUAUUAUUUUUUUGGAAAUUUUGUGAAAUAACCGCAUUACAUUUGUAUUUAUUUUGAAUACAUCAAAUUUUAAAUCAAAAAAUCUAGUUUAAACCUUAAUUUUUUUUUAUUAAUAAUUUAAAAAACAGAUAUUUCUAAAACGGUACAUUUUCUAAUUUUCUGUCACCCUUAUUUUUGAGGGUGAAACGUCUAUUUACUUUUGAUUUUUAAAUGGUAACCUACUUGAAAAUGCCUUAAAUACAUAGAGUAUUAGUUAAAAUACAUUUUUGAUUUCGGUCAAUCCAUUAACGAGAUAUUUUACUUUUAAGUUUUGAUCGGGGAAGAGUGGUGGUGCAUUAUUAAAACGCCACGCGCCGUGCUGUCACACAAAUGAUCACAAAUGCUUCACUACUCUUUCCCGACAGAAACUUAAGAGUGGAAUAUUUCGACAAUGGAUUGACGGAAAUCAAAAAUGUAAACACCAAAAUUUAUUUAUGGUUUAUUAUAAUUUAUUUAUGGUAUUUUGUCGCUAUUUGAAAAUCAAAAGUAGAUAGUCGUUUCACUUUCCAAGACAAUGAGUGUUUAAAAGAAUCACACGGUAUAACACAAACAAUGAUAUUAGUAAUAUUUUUAAAAGACAAUAAAAAUACAAACAAAACACUAUCGUAAGAUAAUAACUCUAGUUAGGUAUUUAAUGUUUUUCAUAAAAAAAAGAAAUACAAAUUAUCUUUAUAAUUAACAACUUGAAAUUGUUCAUCUAGAUAAGAUAAAAGAUAAGUAAAUAGUUAUUUAGAUAAAUCCAAACGCUAAUAUUAUAAUUUAUUAUAUUAUGUUACAGCGUAUUUAGAUGCUGUUAUGACAACUAAUAAGCCGUCGUACGUGUUGUUAUAUCAUGAAAAAUCUAACAAUUUUAGAUAUGAUAAGGAUGGAAUUGACACGUUAGCAAAACAAGAUUCAAGCAGUAUAUUAAAUUUUAUUGGUGUACAUCCGAAACUAAACGGAUUAAUUUUUGCAGACAUAGACCUCACAGUAAGUUACUUUUAUAUAACGGACAAACAUUUUUCGAGGGUCGUAUUGUAAUAUCAAAUUAAUUCUAUAUCAACAUACCGUAUACAAUAUAUAAAUAUAUAUUUUAUAUUUUAUGAUUCACUCAACUGGGAACACUCAUCAUCUCGAAAAGUAUUAACUAUUUCUAGUACUUUUAUUUUAUUUUUUUAAAAAUUUAAGAACGAGCUUGGGUAUGGGUAGGUUAGGUGAAUAAUGGAUUAUUAAUAAAAUGCCACGUGCCGUAUUGCCACACAAAUGAUUAUACCACUAAUUUCUUCUUACCCAAACUCAAAAGAGAAAUAUCUCGUCAACAGGUUGAUUGAAAUAAAAAAUGUCAACACCGAAAUUGACUAAAACUAAUAUUCCAUUUAUUUAUGAAAUUUUUAAUAUAGGUCGCCAUUUUAAAAUCAAAAUUAGGUAGUCGUUUUACCUCCAAAGAUAAGGACGACAAAACUAAUAGUAAUGUUACAUUUUAGAACUGCUUUAUUUUAAAUAUUCAAAAAAAAAUUCCAAAAAAUGUUAAUAAUUUGUGAGAUAAUGAGUGUUCUCAGUUGACUGAAUCAUUCUGUAUAUUAUAUAAAUUAUACUAUACUCACUUAGAUUUACCCGUAAUACCUAAUUAUAAUACCAAUCGAGGUAGAUGUAUAUUUGUUUAAAGCUUUUUUUUUUUUUUUUAGUCAAUGAUAAUUACACCUAAUUAGAUUUGUUUGUAAAAUAUUUCAAAUUUGAGGCUUUAGAAUUUAGAUUAUCUACCGCCUUUCUCUAUAAUUAUACUUGUUAUUUACAUUAAAUAUUAUAUAACUCAGUGCUCUUAAUAAAUUAUUUGAUAUUAAUUUAUUUUUAAAUUUAUAGCUCUAUCAAGACGAUUUUUCGAAAUUCACUAAAAACUUUCAAGUAUAUCUUCAUUAUAUGAGGAAAACAACCAACAACUUCACCAUCGGGGUAACCAUAUCUGCCUCAUCAGUAAUCGAUAUAUUAGUUAAUCACGAAGAACGCACCGGUUUUGUAGAUCCAGACCCUAUUAUAAGCCCCGAUGAGACUAAGGAAAAUAAAGAUUGGGUUACGUACAACAUAAAGCAUGCCAAAAGUAAAUAUAAUUAUGUUCGAGUAAGAAAAAAAUUGUUUUUAAUACUAUUUUACGGAUAUGUGGCUUGAGAUAUUCUAUUUGGUAAUUCAAGUUAAAUAUAAAAUAAUAUCCACCCUAAACUACACUAUACUUAAGUAUAAUAAAACCCACAAAAAUUAUUUUUUUUAUAAUUUUAUACUACUAUUUUUUUUUUAUUAAUUAAAUCAAUAAAAAAACAAAUUUUAGAUUUUGAUUGGAGCGAAGAAGCUUAUGGUUUUACAAAGAUGUUUAUUUUUUUUUUUUGUGUACAACUUUUACCAGAGGACUUGCUACAAUUGUUACGUGUAUACCUUUUCUGAAAGGAAAUGGGUGUGCGGAGGUAGUUUUUCGAUUUUCCUCAGAGUUUUUUUAGCAAAUGUGAAAAACUGGGAAAAAACACGGAAAAACUAGGAAAAACGUAGGAAAAGUGGGGAAAUCGGUACGACAUUAAAUAAAUAUUAUUAAAGAAAAUAUAUAGAGCCUAUUUAAUUAUUUUACCAAAAAAUGGCGUGUAUGUUGUUAACAGAGCAUCACUAUCAACUGAACUCCGCUGAGAAUAGUUUUUUCGUAACCAAUGGCUUAUCGUAGCUUACAGGUAUACAUUAAAUUACCUAUAAUAGUGGCUGCUCCGUCCCCGUUAUCCUAGGACGUCUUUUUUAUUUUUUUAAAAAUGCAUACUCAAUACAUACACAAAAGUAAAGUUACAAUGUACACGACCUAAUGUUAUGAACAACCACAGUUAUUUACUGAGAUUGGCGGACGCCGUAUCAGUGGUCAAUACUGUGUCGGAUUGAACUAAUAGCAGUCGCGAUCAGAAAGUCCUGUUUUACAAGUAAAGAUUUACGUGAUUUUUUUUAGUAAUAGUUACUUAACUGAAAGUUACAAAAUAAAUAAUUUUCACAUUGCUAAGUCUGAGGCUAAAAUUUUGUAAACAUUGUUAAUAAACAGUUCAAUAUUCGAAGAUCUAUUAUAGGAUAAGCACAAAUGUUUCUGUAAUGAAUUACCAGGAUUAAUAGUUUAUGAGAUAUCAUCAAAUCUAGUGCCAUAACCGCGUCUAAUACUGCACACUACACACUUUACAUACUACCGUACAACACAGUCAUAUUUUUGUUAAAUAUGCAUUGUUCCUUUUUUUUUGGGGAGGUACAGUUUUUAAAAAUAAAAAUAUUCUGCUUGACCUUUUGUUACAAAUGAUAAUUGAUAGUUGAUGAUGAUAAUAAAGUAUUAUUAAUAUUUUUUUCAAAUUAAUAAAACGGCCAAUAGUAAAAGCCCAAUAGUACAUAAUAUAAGAAACACAGAAGUUAUAACAAUAAUUUUAAAAAGACGGACACGCACGAUGAGCGGGACACUGUUGUAGGUGAAAAGUUGAGAAUGUAGAAUAUAACGGAGAAUUGAAUGUACAUCUGUGUGCUACAAUUAAUAUCUGCUAACGAAAAACGAUUCUGAGUGGAGUUCGGUUACACGUGUUUUAAAAGGUCGUAAUAUUUAUGAUUUUCGUCAAAAUUUUAUAUUAAAAUACUUAUAAAAAAUGUUUUAUUAAUUGAAUUAAUAUUAUAAUUAAAAUUGUACUCAUAUUUUUUUUUUUUACCACAAAGUACCUACGACUUAUAUUGAACAUGCUGUUCAAUUUUUAAGCAUUUCUGUUUGGUCUAAUAAUUUUAUACCACAGGGUACCUACCGAAUAAAAUAUUCGUACAUUUUCCCGUUUUCCUCCAUUUUUCUAAUUGUUUUGAAAACUCCUUGAAAAAUCAAAAAGUGGCAUGCUUAAAAUACCAUUCAUAUAAAAUUUCUUUUCAGAAAAUGUUCCACAAUCGGAGAGAGCUUUCUGGUGUAAAAGUUGUUCGAAGACGAAAAAAUAAACAUAAUUGUAAAACUAAUACGUAUUCACAAUAACUGCCUCCAUUCUAGCCUCGUGUAGUUCUGCUACGUCAUGUCGCCUUCAAAUUUUGUGUUUGGACACUCUUCAGUGAUAUAUCGAAUUAUUUGUACAGUUUCGCAUAAGCAAAGAGAAGACUGUGUUAUCUCACAUUUUUAGAGUAAACUUUUGCAUCUGACCUACUCAAUUCUUAUCUUGUUCAGUGUUAACCACAACCUUCCAAAUGGAUACUGAAAGCAUACUGGAGCAUAUUAAAAUGGAUAAUAAUUAAUUUGAAUUUCAUAAAAUUAUACAUAGAAAAUAUUUUUCAAUGAACAAAUACAUAAGUGCAUAAAAUAUACUAUGUGUUUAGUAAAUUUUUUAACUGUAAUAUAAAAAAUUCACAUUUAGCGUUUCGUUGACAGUUAGCCAUUCGUACGAAGUAUAUCCGUUUAUUUAUUUAAAAUGUAAAUUUUGUGCUUCCAGUAUUUCAAUUUUUUUUUUUUUUAUAACUAUCUAAAAAAAUAUAUUUUAUUAUUAUCAACAUAUUAAGAAAAUGUUAAAACACGAACUGUUAUGAAUGCCUGUUAUUUUUUACUGUUGUCACCGGUUAGGGUUGUUGGUAGAUUUAUAAUUAGGCUAUUGUAAGAGGUAAUAGACAAUAUGUACAUUUUUUUUUUAAUUAACCUAACUUGAGUUAAAGAGUUAAUUUUACCUUUUGAUUAACUUCUAAAAUUUAGUUGAAUUGAUAGAUAUAUUAUUUUGAAUAAACUUUUAAUUAUUAACUUUAUAUAAAGUUAGCUUAACUUAACCGAUUUGAAAAAAAAAUCAUUGACUUGCCCUGUCUUGCAUAUUACCAUUUAAAAGAAUGCAAGUUUUAUUGCGCAUGUGCACAAUAAAAAUUCCAACAAUUUGAAAAUUGUCAAAAAAUUAGUACUUCAGUAUCUCCUAGCUCCUCACGAAAACCCCAUUUCAUUCCAAAGUCACUGGACAGAAAUAAUUAAUAUUACAUUUAAAAAGAAACACACUGCAUAGAUUAUAUACGUAUAUUACAUUACAAUUUUAUAUUGUAUGUAUGACAUAUGUUUUGUUUUAAUACAGUUUGUUUAAAAUUGAACUAUCUAACUAUGUGUGUGUAUGAAUAGAAUGCAUUUGUCAUUAUUGAUAUAUAUAUAUAAAUAUAAAUACCGGCUUGUUAUUUCGGCUUUUAAAUUUAUAAUUUUAAGAAUUAGAUGUUAAAUAAAAUAUUCUUUCUUUGAGUGAGCUCAAAUAGAAAAAUCGUCUAACAAUAAGUUUACUCUCAACUACCUACAUAAUAUUAAUAAUUACUAUGAUUAUCUAUAUUAUAUCCUGCACGUCUGCAUCAUAUGCCCAAAAAAUGUAACAAGUUAUUCUCUGGUUUCACGUAUUUAUUUAUUAUCUCAAUUCUUUCCUAAUUUAAGUAAGUUUCAAAAAAAAAAGAAAUAUGUGAGCCACUAAUUAAUUUUGCAAUUGUGAUCUAAAAAAAAGUCAGUCCACUACUGUUAAUAACUUAUAUAUUAUUAUCUUAAUUUAUCUGAUAUUUACGCAUCAUCAAACACUUAAAAUAAAAAGUUAAAUGCAUAUUAAUGAUUUACAAAAAUUAAAAAAGCACAACGAAAAAUUACAUAUUUUUGUAUCUACUCAUAAAGUUUACUUUCAAAUUCAUAAAAUUCACCCUAAUAAUUUAUUUUUGUUCGUUAAUGAUUUUAUUAUACACAUUAUUCAGAUUUGUGGCCAUAAUUGUACAUUUUAAGUAAAUUUUCUUGUAUGCAAAAAAAAAAAAAAAAAAUAUUGACGUAUUUUUUUGGGUUAUAUUUAAGGUUUGGACUUUUCUGUAUUCGAUAUGGAAGUCGAUUUUUACGUAUUCACAUUUUCAAUAUUUAAUAAAUGCACACCGGAUUUGGUGCACGGAGGUACGAUUCCAUUAGACGGACCCUACCCACACACUUUAGUAAUAUAUAUAAUUAAAAUAAUCGUGUAAAUGUAAUUUUUAUAAAUUGUUAAUUAAAUAUGGUUUAUACAGUUAAAAUUAAAACAAGCUAUAGAUCUACUGAAUAUCAAAAACAAGAAGAAAAUAUACUUCAAAUUCCAAUUGUUUGCAAUUUCAAACAGGUCUCGGAAAUUAACAUACAAAAACGAAUGUUAUUCGACGUUUGAAAGGGUAAUGUUAUUUAAUAAUGUAAUGUUAUGUAAUAUUUUUUUUUAACAUUAUAAAACAUAUACAUAUGAGUGUCCCACAAAGAUAUAUAUAUUUUAGUAUCUCCAGAGAUAAUGAAGAUAAUUAAAUUUAGUUUUAUUAUUCUUUUUUUUAUAUUACUCACAGGGAUAAUGACUACAACAUAUUUAUAUUUAACUAAAAUGUCCAUGUUUUGGUGAAAAAAUUAAAACAAUAACUUUUUAUUUUAUUAUUUUCGAAUAAAAAAUAGUCAUUUUAUAGAUUAGGCUUUAAUCGCGUUUGCUAACUGACUUAAGCUAUAGCCAAUUGAAAUUGAUUAGUUAUUAUGUGGGUGCAGUAUUUCUGGCUUCCCAAACCGGCUUGGAAAUUUAAUUCAAGGUUUAUCAUAGGUUUUUCUAUUUGUCAUUUUAAAUUAAAAUCUUGAUGAAAAUAUUAAAAACCACGACAUUUAUUCGCGUACAAGGUAUUUUCCGAUUAUGUGGUUGUACAUUUGUUGGCUCUAUAAAAAUGUUCAACAAUUUAAAAAACAUAGACAAUUGUAAUUAUUUAUCGAAUAUUUACAAAUUAAUAUAAUUUUUAAUUUAAGGUUGUAAAAACUUAAAGAACCGAAUUUCACUCAGAAUUGUUUCCAUUAGCAAAGUCUUAUUGUUGCGUGUAGAUAUAAAUUAAAUCACCUCAUAUAUAUCCUACUUUCCUAAUUUCUCAUCUAGAAUAGUAACUUACUCAUGAUGAGAAGUGACGAUGUACAAAACACUCGCAAUGUAUACUUAUUAUUUAUUUUCGUUUUAUGUAUAUUGUUUAUUAUUAAUUUAUAGAUAUGUAAGUAUCCGAGUGAAACGUGUCAUUGGUGUGCGGAUAAUUCAACAUCACUACGCGAGAAAGUAAGACAUUUUGGUGUUUUUCAGAAGAAAAAACACUCGUGAACAGUAGAGCUCCACUAGUAUUCGAAUUUCGUCCUAAAUAUUUUAUAUACCUACAGGUGAUCCAUUUAAGUAGGUACAUUCAUUAUUUCGGAAAGUAUUAACUUUUUUCGGAAUUUGUCUACUAGAACAUUUAAGAAACAAGCAACUCUACAAUUGUGUAUCUAUGUUAUUUUUUGUCACUCUUAUUUUUAGCGGUAAAUCCAUUACCUGUUUUUAAUUUUCAAAUGGCAACUUAUAUUAAGAAUUCCAUAAAUAGAUAGAACAGAGCAGAUUAGUGGUGCAUUAUUAACAUACCGUGUGCCACACCGUAUCGCUACAGAAAUGAUACUCCACUAAUCUCCUCUAACCCAAACUUAAAAGUGGAAUAUCUCGUCAAUGGACUGACAGAAAUCAAAAAUUUAACUCAUACUCCAUCUAUUUAUGGAAUUCUUAAUAUAAAUCGUCAUUCGAAAAUCAAAAGUAUUUAGUGGUUUUGCUCGUAAAAAUAAUGGUAACAAAAAAUAACAUAAAUAUAAAAUUGUAAAGCAGCUUGUUUCUUAAAUUUUCUAGGAAACAAAUUCCAGAAAAAGUUAAUACUUUUCGAGAUAAUGAGUGUAUCCACUUGAAUGGAUCACCUGGUAAUAGAAAUAUGUUUUAAAAACAACCUGAAUAAUACGAAUACAAUAUUGUAAUACUACACUCAACUAUAAUAAGCUAAACAAAUAUCUUUCUCCCGCACAAAUAUGGUGAACGUGAAAUUAUUAAGCUUUAAAUUAAUCUAAACUUCAAUCCGCCUAAAGUCACUGGAAUUUUCAUAUGUGCACUUGUUUAAGUGUCCAAAAUUAGUAGGAAAAAAAUUAGAUCAUACUUACAGGGUCCUUUAAAUUGUCCAUGAAUUACUUAUUUUUUUAAUUAAUGACUCAUCUAAAAUCUUUUUAUAGUUGUAUAUAAUUCUAAAAUGUUAUAUUUUAUCCUUAUUUUUGGGAGUAAAUCGGCUAUACCUAUUUUUGAUUUUCAAGUAGCAACUUGCAUUAAAAUUCAUUAAUAUUUUAAUAAUUUCUGGAAAAAAAUAAAUAUUUUAUGGAAAAUUUAGCUGUAACAUGAAAUUUGUAAAACCCACGUUAUAUACAAAACAAUUCAAUAGUCUCGAUUUUCGGGGAAAAUUCGACUAAAAUAACGUUUUCAAUAAUAUUAAUAUUUUGAUUUUGUAUUUGCCUAGGGUUGUUUUGCGGCCCAAAACGGAGGAGGUUUUGUCGUCGACAGCAUUGAUUUGAACGAUCCUUUCUGCGAGUGUAAAUGUCAUUCCCCGUUUCCGUCGUUUUAUUACCUCGUGGAUGGUUUCACUGGUGCAAACACUCAACCGGAUUGCCCUCUAUUUGACAGAACGUCAAUAUAAAAACAGAAAAAUGAUCGGCAAAAAUAUAAUUUAUAAACUUGAGAAAUAUAUAAAUAAGUGUACGAAAUUGCACAUACCUACUUACAUACUUGCAUUAUAAACUAUUUUAUUCAAUUGAAUUUUUUUUUACACACUGUUAACAUAACGUAUAACAAAUAUUAUUUAUUUCAAUUUCUCUAAAUCUAUAAGAAAUGUUUAAAAUUAUGAAAAAAAACUUUAUAAUAUUAUUACAACUGUGACAACUAUUAUUAUAAAUCUUCUAUAUAAAAGUUAUGAUCCACCUAUAA